AUGGCGUUUCGAGCAGCACUGGCGGCCUUCUUGCCAUUGGCAGCGGCCGAGAAAUAUGCUGUCAUCGCAGCGGGCUCGGCAGGCUUCAUGAACUACCGCCAUCAGGCAGAUGCAUGCCAUGCCUACCACCUCAUGCUGAAGAGCGGCGUGCCGGCAGACAACAUCAUCCUCAUGAUGCAGGACGAUGUGGCGAACAGCUCGGAGAACCCUUUCCCGGGCCAGCUCUUCAACAAGCCCGGCGAUGACUCGCCCGAUGUCUACAAGGGCUGCAAGGUGGACUACUCUGGGGACAUCGUGACCGGCCAGCUGUUCAUGGACGUCCUUACUGGCAACACUGAGGGCGCCAAGGGCAAGGUGCUGAAGAGCGGUGCAAGCGACACUGUCUUCGUGAAUUUCGUGGACCACGGAGGCCCUGGCAUCAUUGCCUUCCCCAACGGCCCUGUGCUGACCGUGAAGGAGCUUUCCAAGACACUGAAGACAAUGCAGAGCAAGCACAUGUUCAAGGAGAUGGUCUUCUACAUGGAAGCCUGCGAAAGUGGCUCCAUGUUCCCAGACCUCGAGAAGGACUCCAAGAUUUUGGCCGUGACGGCUUCCAACGCAGAU